AUGAUGUCGAAGGUUCUCGUUUUAGUAGCCCUACUGGGAGCAGCAAGUGCUCAAUAUUAUUCUCACGGACAAGCCACCUCAUCCCAGUCCAUCAUUCGUCAUGACAACCAACACGGAUACAACCACGUUCAACCUAUCGCCGUCCAUUCAGCUCCUAUCUCAUAUCAUCAACCUGCUAUAGCUGUUCACGCUGCCCCAGUCUCUAGUCACGUCAGUGUUCAACACGCUGCUCCAAUCCUUCAACAGGCUGCUCCAGUCAUUCAACACGUUGCUCCCAUUGCUCAUGUAGCUCCCGUGGCUUAUCAUGCAGCACCUGUUCAUGCUCAAGCCCAGCAAGAAUAUUACGUUCUCAUGUUAGUCGCACUUUUGGGAGCAGCAAGUGCUCAACAUUAUUCUCACGGACAAGCCACCUCAUCCCAGUCCAUCAUUCGUCAUGAUAACCAACACGGAUACAACCACGUUCAGCCUAUCGCCAUCCAUUCAGCUCCUAUCUCAUACCAUCAACCUGCUAUAGCUGUUCACGCUGCCCCAGUCUCUAGCCAAGUCAGUGUUGCUGCUCCAAUCAUUCAACACGCUGCUCCAAUCAUUCAACACGCUGCUCCAGUCAUUCAACACGUGGCUCCCAUAAGACACGUAGCUCCCAUUGCUCAUGUAGCUCCCGUGGCUUAUCAUGCAGCACCUGUUCAUGCUCAAGAACACCAAGAAUAUUAUUCCCACCCCAAGUACGAGUUUGAGUACAGCGUAGCUGACACUCAUACUGGUGAUAUCAAAUCUCAACAUGAAGCUCGUGACGGUGACCAAGUGACCGGCUCCUACAGUCUUCAUCAACCUGAUGGUUCAGUACGUACCGUACACUACAGCGCGGAUGCACACAGCGGAUUCAACGCUCAAGUAGAAAAUUCUGGUCCUUCAACACAUAUCCAGCCUCAACCUCACUAUGCUCCUGUUCAUGUUCUUCCCCAUCAUUAA